AUGGCUUCUCAGUCAGUAGACCCGGUUCCCUUGGUGCCAGCAUUAGCAAACAUCUACAGCCCCGAGCGCGUCGUACCGGAAGGUCAAAGAUGGGAUGCGCUCACGUCCAAAUUCGGCGAAGCAUUCGGUCACAAGCCGACCUACGUUGCUAGAGCACCUGGCCGGGUCAAUAUCAUCGGAGAGUGAGUGCGCAAGGGGAAGAGCAGCCUCAAAGGCUCAAUUGCUCAUUUUGCUCCUCUCUCAGGCACAUUGACCACAUGGGCUUUGGCGUGCUACCGGCCGCGCUGGAGAUGGACAUCCUCAUGGCUUUCCGCGUCUCUCCAGCCACUUCGUCCACGGACAAGCUCUCCUUUCACUUGCGCAACACUACGCCACGCUUUGAGGCUACUAGCUUCGAAAGCGACGUAAAAGAUCCCACAGAGGUGCAACUGCAGCACGAAGGUGCCUCGAGAUGGGCGAACUAUUUCAAGGUGGCCUUCAAGGUAAGCCACACUGCAGCACUGUGCUGUAUGUAUGCGCCAUUGGUGGUAACUGACAAACGUCCCGCGUCCCAGGGACUGCAUCCUCACCUUCCUCCCGCUGUCCUCAGCGCAGCUUCUCGACCAGCUCGCGUAGAGGUCUUAGUAGACGGUACUAUUCCUCCCGAAUCUAGUCUGAGCUCCUCCGCUGCCAUGACAGUUUGCAGCUCCAUCGUCAUCCUAGAGGCGUUCAAGGCAAGAGAAAUCAUUUCUAGGCGUGAAAUGGCAGAAGUGGCCAUUGAGAGUGGUGAGCUUGCCGAGCUGAGGAAGAUGGGCCUUGAGGACCGGAGUGCCAUGUUGCUUACCCUGGCUGCCUUCUCCCACAGAACGACUUGUGGGGGUCGCUUCUGGAGGGUGAGUACUCAGCAUACAGCCUCUGCACUGAUUCUUGUCCUCACUCGAUCAAAACCCGCUUCACAACUGUAGCAUGGACCAGUCAGCAUCUAUCUUCGGCACCCCUGGCAGCGCGCUUCACAUCACAUUCCAUCCGUCCCUAGCAGUGCAAGCUAUCGAGCUUCCAAAGUCGGACCCUCCUCAUACUUUCGUCGUGGCGAAUACCUUGAUAGUCAGCGACAAGAAGGUCUCUGGGCCUGUGCAGUACAAUCUGCGCGUUGGGGAGUUACGAAUGGCAGCUCGAGCUUUGAGUGCUGCUCUCGGCUUGCCCAAGGACGGAAGCACCCAGACGCUUCGCAAGCUGCUGGCCGUGUACUUUGAGCGCAAUGCCUUACCUGGCCAGGGGGAGAACAAGCUUGUGGACGAGGUCAAGAACAGAUUUGGAGAAGAGGCAGCACAGAUUGCAUUUCUGGGUGCCAAGGCGGACGAAAUCCUCCCCAAGGAGCCCCUAACGAGGGGCCAGGUGGAACAAUUGACCGGCUACGCAGGCGCUGCGUUCGACAAGGAGUUCUUGAGCGAGUUUCCGAGUGAGCACAGCGAAAGGCAUGACUAUCCCUCUCAAAAGUGGCAAGGCUGAGCUUUUUUUCUGUUUUGCAGUCCGAGCGGACACCUUCAAGCUCCACGCCCGCACGAGGCACGUCUUUGCAGAGUCGCUUCGCGUUCUGCAAUUCAAGGCAGCAUGCGUUGCCAGCCCUACGGCAUCUACAUACGAAGAGUUGGGCAAGCUGAUGGAUCAGAGCCAAGAGUCUUUGAUGUCAGACUACGAGAACGGAUGUCCGGAGAUCUUGGACGUUGUGCGCAUAGCAAGAGCGAACGGAUCGCUGGGUAGUCGUGCCACCGGUGAGUCCUUUGGCUCACAUGGCUGGCUCCAACUGCAAGCUGACCUGCCACACGUGUGAUGGCACUCAGGUGCUGGCUGGGGAGGCUCGACGGUACAUCUGGUGCGCCAGGACAAGGUGAACGAUGUGCUCUCUGCUCUACGUGAAGACUUCUACGCUCAAAGAUUUCCAGAGCUGGGCACGACCCAGGUGAAUCAGAGUCUGCUCGUUAGUCAGCCGGCAGGAGGAGCAUGUGUAUACGCCGUGGAAGCCUAG